UCAGCGAUGUCUUUUCGCCUUUAUGGAUCGGCGCGAAUAUUACAAUUAGACGAGAAUGGUGAAUGUAUAUCUUUUAAUAAUGAUUCGAUUGUAGAUUUAGGAAUUUCAAGUGAUAAUCAUUGUAUUCAUAUAUUCGGAAGAGCUAUUCGAGAUUCAAAGCUAUUAAUUUCAACGACUCAGUUUUUUCGUCUGAAUUCACGAAUUAUUUUCCUUCAUUCACCAUCUUCAAAAAUCAGCAAUGAAUUAUCAAUAAUUCUUCUCGUCGAUACUAAUUUAAAUGAUUUUAUUACUGCUUUGCGUCUGUGUCAGUCGUUAAAGCCGCGUGAAAAGCCAUCACCAGCAAAAGAAUCAGAGGAAUCAAAAUCGGUAUUUGAUGCACGCACUGAAUCCGCUUCUGCAAUGCAAUAUUUUCAGUUUUAUGGAUACUUAGCACAACAGCAAAAUAUGAUGCAAGAUUAUGUGCGCACUUCGACUUAUCAACGGGCAAUUCAUGCUAACUCAAUUGAUUUUAAUGAUAAGAUCGUUUUGGAUGUCGGUGCAGGUAGUGGGAUUCUUUCUUUUUUUGCUGUACAAGCGGGUGCACGUCGAGUUUAUGCUGUUGAAGCUAGUUCCGUUGCUGUAAAUUGCGCCGAAUUAGUUAGAGCGAAUAAUUUAUCAGAUAAGAUCAUUGUAGUAGCUGGUCGAGUUGAAGAAAUAACUCUUCCUGAACAGAUCGAUAUUAUUAUCUCAGAACCCAUGGGUUAUAUGCUUGUAAAUGAAAGGAUGCUGGAAUCAUAUAUACAUGCGAGGAAAUUUUUGAAGCCUGGAGGACGAAUGUUCCCAACAGUUGGACAUCUUUAUAUUGGACUAUUCAGUGACGAAGCAUUAUUCAUUGAACAGUAUUCUAAAGGAAAUUUUUGGUGUCAAGAGAAUUUUCAUGGUGUCAAUUUAACCGGAAUCCGAACUCAAGCUUUACUGGAAAUUUUCAAACAACCGAUUGUGGAUACUUGGCAUGUGAAUACAUUAAUGUCAGGCACCAUCAAAUGGACAAUUAAUUUUGAAAAAGAUCCUGAAUCAAAACUACAUAAUAUCACAAUACCCUUCCAAUUAACUGCCAAUCGAACUGGUUUUAUACAUGGCAUUGCAACGUGGUUUGAUGUAGCUUUUGUUGGUUCCAGUGAGACGAUUUGGUUGUCGACAAGUCCAACUGAGCCUUUAACUCACUGGUAUCAAGUUCGGUGUCUGUUCGAUAGACCUCUUAUGGUAUUCAUCGGACAGACUGUGAAUGGCUGUUUAUCGAUGGUGGCUAAUGAAAGGCAGAGUUACGAUAUAGUAUUGACUGCUGAAGUUGGAACAAUGCUGGCACAUAAUACUUUAGAUUUGAAAAACCCAUUCUUUCGUUAUACUGCUGCGGCAGUAAUACCACCGGCUGGAUUUAAUAAUGAAGCACCAUCAGAUAAUCUUUUGCAGCAGAACGGUAUCAUCAUUUUCUCUUUAGAUAUUUUAGGUGGUAGGUUUAUCAUUAGUGGAGUAGGCAAUGCUGGUGCUAUUAAUCACAUGGAAUACUCCCUGGAUGGAGCAACAAGUAUGUCCAAUGGCUGUAGUGAAUCUAUGCCUAAUUCUGGUUCAACAUCUGUUCCACAGUUUUUAUCUGCUCAAAAUUCCUUGGUACCGAAUGAUGGAAGUACAAAUAUUAUUGAUAUAUUAUCAAAUUCGCAUUCUCAACUUACACAAGAACAACAGUUGGUUGAGACGGGUUAUUGA